CAACACCAGGAUUAUAGGGAUCACCAGGUCUCAGGCUAGUUUGCGGUCAACGAGAUGCUACUAUAUAGAUUCCUUUCGUGUUGCUUACAAGAACUCCAAAGGCACAUUCUACUUUAAUUAAAAAUGACUGAGUCGGUAAUUCCGCAAGGUGUCCCUCACUUGCAAUUUCUCACCUCGAAGUUAAAAAACUCCGCCACUACGUCGGCUCUGUUUGCAGGUUUUGCAAUGAUCGCAUUAGUUGAAGUGGAUAUUAAAGGAGGGGAGCCACAACUAUUGACCAUUAUUUUUGCUACUCUUACCUCAUUGUUAAUAUUUUUUCACCUGAUAGCUUUACUAAUAUCAACAUGCCUAAUACCUACGGCCGAGGGGCUUGAAAGCUUUAUACAACCGGAGCAUUUCUCAAUUCCUACCAACUCAAUGAAAGAAACUUUCAUAAAGUUAACCCGUAGUUACAUUAAUACUGCCUGGCUCUUCACAACGGUUUUGGGAACUUUCUUUUUUAUGGCCGAGAUAAUAGUCUUAGCCUGGCUGAAGUUUUACUUGGUAUCUCUCGCGGCCUGCUACGCCAUUACAGCGAUAAUUGUUCCUAUGAUGACUUUUGGCCGUGGCCAAGCUUCCUAGUUUUGCUGGUCCUCUUUCCGAUCCUGUUGAUCUCAAAGUUGGAGAAGCCCUCCAUCUCCAAAAGCUCACGAGCAUUCCUGUCGGCUUCCAUUUUCUUAAAAUAUGAAUAUUAGGAACGCUAAGGA